GGCAAUAUCGUCACUUGCUCAGUCCUGUCCACCAACCAACCACAACCAUGAACAAGGCAGUCAUCCUCCUCGGCACAUCUUGCCUCCUCGCCAUCGCCAUCAUGCAGGUGUCCGCUUUCUACGGCAGCUCCAUGAUGUAUGGCGGCGGCAUGGGAUAUGCUCCCUCCACCAUCGGCGGUGGCGCAGCCUCCCGUGGUUACUAUGACAACUACUACCAGAGGUACGACCAGUACAACCGUGCUCAGUCAGCCAGAACCAUCGCCAGGACAGUGAACGGACUCCAGACCUCAUCUCUCCUCAGCUUGAUCUCCCUGUUUGGUCUCGCUAUGAUCGCCACCAACACCACUGGUAGCCUCGCCGGUUAAAUAUAGCCAGAACUUCCGCUUGGAGUCCAACUGACAGGGGGAUGUCGACCAGACCAGGCACCGCUCCUUAACUGCUUAUCUUUGUGUUGAAUAAAAACCUAUAAAUAUAUA